CGUCGGCGAAGACGAAGAGGAGGACUUUUUCGAGGAGAAAAUACCAGAAAUUAAUUAUACUAUUAAUAUUAAUAUUAAUAAUAAAAUAUAAAAAUAAAAAAUGCAAGCUUUUACCUUCGGGGGCCGUCUUUUCUGCCUUAUAAAUGGCUGUGCUGUGAACGACGGUUUCGUUGCAAUUCAAGAAUCAAGAGAACUUUCUCUCUCUCACUUCCUCAGGCGGUGAUUGAUGUUUCUUUGUGGGAUUGUCUGUUUAUAAAUCUCACUCUUGCUCAAAGGAUUCAGUUAAGAGUUUGACUUGAGGGGCUUCACGAAAGAGAAUGGGAGAGAAGCAUCAAUUGGGUUCGUCUUCUUCUUCACUCACUUCUGAACUCUUUGGGUCCAACGAGUCUCACCCGUCUUCAUCCUCUGGGAUUUUCGGCUCCAUAUUUUCUCCUUCCUCAAAGAUGUUAGGGGGAGAAUCUCUGCGUUCUGAAUUGAGGGGGAAAACUCCAAGCGGAACUCGUGAUGAUAUCUCCAGGAUGCAUGACAAUGACACUCAGAGCAGAGCAAAUAAGGAUACGAGUUCCAUCUAUCAAGAGCAAAGAGUUCAGCCUUGCCCCCUUAGUUCUUCCAUCUUUUACGGAGGCCAGGACGUGUACUAUCACCCUCAAAGUACAGAAAAUGCAGGAUUAAACUCUUUGGCAAGUGACAAGAAGGAUGUGGGGGAAGAUGAUUCAGGAAUCGCUUCAAGAGGCAACUGGUGGAAAGGAUCUCUCUAUUAUUAAGAUCAUACUUGCCAAUUUAUACGCUCAUAAAGGUAAAUAGGAAGAUAGAUGAGUUAGCAGUUUCUGUGUUUGCUGAAGGGAGAGAGUUACAGAGCAGGAAGAAUUCAGCUGAUGGCUGCUAGCUUUAUAUCCGAAUGAGCAAGCCAUACUGUGAUGAAAAAAUUCACAUUACUUCUGCUUUACUGCUACCAACCUUGUACUCGUUCAUGCUUAUUGUAAAGCUUUUAAGGUUUCUGUAUCCUGUGAACUCCAUGUAUCUUUGAAGUAAGAGUUACUCUCUGCUGAUUUCCCAUUACUUUGAAAUUUGUAAUUGAGAUGUGAUGAUUAUGAAUAUUUUAGGCCCUCUGUAUAUUUUCUUUAGUUGAAGAAGCCCUCUCUGCUGGUUUCCUCUUACUCUUUAAUUCAGAUGAAUGAGCAAAUGGCAGAGGUAUUACCCAAAUCCAUUGUACAUUUGUGUGGUUAAGAAGCUUAAUGAACUCCCUGUU